UUCGUUUUAUAUUUUUAUAAAUCUACAAUGUGUUGUUGUUCCCCCUAUACUCUAUAUAUUCCCCCAAUAGCCGUUUCAGUUACUUACUUAUUUUUUUUUAAUUUUUUAUUUUAUUUCAUUUUAUUUAGUAAAUGUGUUUCUCCUUCAUCAAUGUCAAUAUCCCGCUCUCCAUCAACUGUUGCUUCUCCCCCAAUUGUUUCUCCAAAUUCUGGUAUUUUAACCACAACAGCUCCUCCUAGGCCUAUUCCAAAAUCAGAAAGGCCAUGGAGACAAAAAUUGGCGGAUGCUCAAAGGUUCAGAGAAGCUCGAGAAACUGAACGUGCAUUUGCCGCUGGUCAUCACCAUAAUCCAAUGAUUGUAGAACCUUCUGAUGCUACAAUGAGAUUAAUGGCGGCAAGAAGUGCACGUCGAGUAAUUAGUAAUGAAUUACAUCAACAACAACAGCAACAACAUUCAAAUAAUGAAAGGGAAUUGGAAAAAGAAAUUGCUGCACUUAAGUGCUUUGUUAGCAAACCUGGAGCCUUAGAUAAGAAUGCAACUGUUGCAAAAUUUCGGCAAACAAUGGCCGAAAGCCAGGCUUUAAUUGAACCUUCUUCUACUACAAAACAACAAAAACAACAAAUAUCGCCUACUCAAUCCACAGUUUCAGCCUCUUCUCUACUUUUGCGAAUGCCCUCCUUAAGUAGAAGAUCGACAACUGAAGUUACAAAAGAAUCUUUAAAUGGAAGAGAAGGUAAGGAUCGCCCUCAAAGCUUAAUAGAAACAACAGGCCCUAUAGCACAUCGUCGCCUUUCUAUUGUAAAAGAAGCAAAUUCUGGUAGUGAAGGGAAAACAAAAACAUCAACAAAAACACCAACAUCGACAACAAAAACACCAACAACAACAAAAACACCAAUAACAACAAAAACAUCAACAACAAAAGCAGCAACUUCCUCAACAACAACAAAUAAAGAUUCUGAAACAAACAAAAAAGACGUUGUUGGUAUUAAAAAGAAAUGUUCGAGUCCACAACAACAAACAAAGCAAAACAUCCAAACAUCAAUAAAUUCUUCUCCAAACAUUUCAACAAAAACAACAACAACAACAAAGAAAACAACAACAAAAGGAGAAGAAAAAGAAAAUAAAGAAAUCAGAACAACAACAACAAACAUUAUAAAACGAAAAAAUUCAAAAGAAGAAAUUUCCAACAAAAAUCAACAAAAGAAUGUUUUUAAUACUUCAAAGGAGGUUGCAACAAAAGAGAAAAAAGAGGAGAAAUUAAUGGUUAAAGGGAAAGAUAAAAUUGAACAAAAAUCUGUUCAGAAACCCUCAACAACAAAAAAUUUAGAUGAAAGCCAAUUCAAUGCUGUAGUUCAAUUUAAACCUCAAUCAUUUAUUCGAAGAAAAAUAAGCGAGAAUUCUUUAACAGAACCAAAGCCAGUCCCUGGGUCUUGGGAAAGAACUCCUAGAGAACAAUUUAUUUCACAAAACAAACAUUUAAUUCGCAAAGCAGCAAGCGAAUCCAUUUCCCAUACACGAAGAAUUCGACCUUUGGCCCGUGUUUCUUCUUUACGGUUUUAUUCAAUGUCAGCUCCACCAACAACUGGAAAAAGGACAACAACAACAGCAAUUAAUAAAAACAUUAAUAAUACAUUGAAUAAAACAACAACAAAUGAUACAAACAUUGACAAAACAAAUAGUACACCAGCAACAACAACAAUGGUUAAAAUGAUAAAAUCAACAGCAAUACCAAAACAACAACAUAUUUGUUCGUUUGCUUCUUUAGACAAACAAUUCGCUAAUAAAAGAAGUUUUCGGUUGGGAGUUCGUAAAACUCUUAUAUUAAAAAAUACUCCUCAAAAAGUUUUUGCGCAACUUUGUUGUCGAAGUGCGCAAAUUGUAGCAGCAACUAUUAAAUUUAAUGUUGUUUGGAAAGAGCAACAGAAAAGGGCAAAUGUAACUAUUUUAUCUUCUGAUCUUCGCAAAGUAAGCCAAAAACAUUUCCGACAACCCCCAUCUAAAAACAAAACAAAGAAUGUUGGGAUAAAUCAAUUAAAACAAACACAAGAAAAUCAGAAUAACAACAACAACAUUCCUGAUAUUCUCUUUUCUGAAAAUAUUAUUAAACAAUCAGAAGUUCCUACUAUUCUAAAAACAUCAGUAAAACAGGUUCUUCCGUCAGUAAAUAAUAAUCGCCAGCUUAUUGUUGCUGAGACUGUUGGAAAUUUAGGGAAAUCUACUGGAAUUUAUUCCAUUACCGCUCCUGUUUCAACAGUGAAAAAUCCAUUAAAUCAACAACCUCAACAACCAAUUGUCCCUCCAGUCCCCCCACACCGUUCACAAAAACAAGAACAAAAAGAGCCUUUAAUCAAAUCUAACAAAACAUCAAUACCUCUAAUACUUCCAGAUAAAUCUGUACUUGAACAAUUUGUUCAAAACAAAAGAGACAUUCUUGAUCAAUUGCACGAAGAAGCUGAAGAGAUUCUUAGCUCAGCUAGAGAUUUGUCAACUUGUGGCACAACAAAUAAAUUAUUAAACCCUCUAAAAGAGACAACAGCAACAAUAUCAUCAUUACCAGAAUCAAAAAGGAAUAGCCAAAUGCUUAUUGCCUCAAUUAUGCCCCCACAAGAAGCCCAAUCAUUAAAUAGUUCUUACCAUUCUGCUAUACAAGACGAUUUAUUUGGAAAUAAAAACCAAUAGAUUUAUUUGGAAAAACAACACUAUUAACUACCCACCAAUUCGAAAAACCAAAAAGUUUAUUUGAAGAAAAAAUGCAAAAACAGGCAUUUCAAUUACAAGAAAAAGCUGUUAAUAGACAAAAUGAAUUUAAUAAUGAAAUUAAUAAUUUAAAUAAAACUAAUUUGAGAAGAAAAUCUGCAACAAAUGAAAAUGCAGAUUUAGCCCAAACAUUUGUAAACCAAACACAAAAACCUUACCAACAAGAACAACGUUAUGCUGCACAUAUUUCUUUAAGUGGGAGACAAUCAACAGCUAGUUGUGAAUCUGGA